ACAACAGCAGCUGUUUCUUUUAUUUUUGCUAGGAAGCUGGAACUCGCUUGCUGCCUCAUGCUACGACAUUUGGGCAGAUUAAAGUGGGUUCUUGUUCAGGUCUGGGUGUGAACCCUCUCUGUGUCCUCUGAAAAGAUGUCGUCGCCUGAACAGGUCAGAACUUUCAGUCAGCUCAAUAAGUUUGAGAAACUGACGUGGAGGCCCUCCAAUCGGGACUCAGGCUCCAAGAAACGAGCACGAUGGCUUCAAGCUCGACGCAUCUUUUCCCCCACCUGCACCAAUCUGCGGAUCCCCAAUAGGUUUCUGAGAGAAGGACACUGUAUACCACCUGCCCGCAGUGGACAUCGCUGUGUUGCAGACAGCACUAACCUUUAUGUGUUUGGAGGCUACAACCCAGACUUUGAGGAGGCAGGCGGGUCGGAGAAUGAGGAUUACCCUCUUUUCAGGGAACUUUGGCGGUUUCAUUUUGCCACAGCAACUUGGCAGCAGGUCCGCACAGAAGGCUAUAUGCCCACAGAGCUGGCAUCCAUGUCAGCUGUGUUACAUGGGAACAACCUGCUUGUAUUUGGUGGCACCGGAAUUCCUUUUGGUGAAAACAACGGCAAUGACAUCCAUGUCUGCAAUGUUCAGUACAGACGAUGGAACCUGCUCACCUGCAGAGGGAAGAGACCCAAUAAGAUCUAUGGCCAGGCAAUGGUCAUAAUAAAUGGGUACCUGUAUGUAUUUGGAGGUACAACAGGCUACCUGUACAGUACUGACCUGCACAGGCUGGACCUGACCACCAGAGAGUGGACCCACCUCAAACCUAACAACGCGCCAUCCGAUCUGCCUGAAGAGAGGUACAGACACGAGCUAGCUCACGACGGACAUAGAAUUUACAUUUUAGGGGGUGGCACUUCCUGGACAUCGUAUCCACUGGACAAAAUUCAUGCAUAUAAUUUGGAGACAAAUUAUUGGGAGGAAAUCAUCACUAAACCCCAUGAAAAACUAGGAUAUCCUUCUGCUCGCCGAUGUCAUAGUUGUGUGCAGGUCAGAGAAGAUGUAUUUAUAUGUGGGGGUUAUAACGGUGAGUCCAUCCUGUCUGACCUGUGGAAGAUUAACCUGCAGACAUUUCAGUGGACGAGGCUCCCAACUGUCAUGCCAGAACCAGCCUACUUUCACUGUGCUGCUGUCACGCCGGCUGGCUGUAUGUACGUCCAUGGCGGUGUCGUCAACAUUUCUGGAAACCGAAGGACUGCCUCUUUGUAUAAAGUGUGGUUGGUGGUGCCCAGUCUGCUGGAACUGACCUGGGAGAAACUGCUGAAAAUGUUCCCUCACUUAACUCAGCUGUCCACCCUUCAGCUGCUCAGCCUGGGACUGACACACACAUUAAUUCAGAGGCUCAAAUAGUUUGAAGUGGUACGUGGAGCAGCAGUCUGUAACCAACUGUUACAGUUGGUGGUAAGGGGGUCAAAGACAGAUUCGUUAUGUCAGAUAGUUUUGAAAACACUUUAAAUGCCUUUUUAUGCCUUUUUUUUUAAACAAUGUUUUGAGUUUCCCUGUCAGAAUUUCAAGUGUCUUUCUGAGGCACCAGCAGACUGUGCUGAUUUAAUCCUCAAUACACUUUCAGGAAGGUUUCUGGAUUUGUCUUUUAAAUUGUGCAUGCUGGUUUUAUUUAUUUAUCAUAAACAACUCGUGUAGCAUGAGAGUAAGUUGUGAAAUCCUUGAAAAAUCAGCUGCUGAAAGGCAAAUGCUUUAUUUUAUUAUUUCAGUUUGUGAUGGGCUUGUUUUUUUGUUGCUGAAAAAAACUUUUGAAUGCCAUAAUGUUUUUAAUGGCUGUCGGAAACUAUUAAAAUCAUUAUGGUUGUGUCUAACAGGUGGAAUUUGUAUACAGUUUAAUAGGUUAGAAAGCAGAUUUGCAGACCAGAGCCCUCUACUGACAAAGCAUGGACAUGUAAGUGUGAAAGUCCCAUUAGCUCAAUCAGAUCACUGAUUUAGACCAUCACGUUUCAGCUUUUAAGGGGUUACUAUAGCUCUGCCGUUAAAAUUGAGAAACAUUCUCCUCACUAAUCACAUUAGGGUUUUGUAAUUUUUUCUUUUUUUAACAUGCUCUUUCAGACUCAUGUGACUUAACAUCACUGUGAAACUUCCUGAGCCUCGAUUGUUCUUUCUCUUGAUUUAUGAAUUGAUAAACCAGCCACUUCACAGUGAUUGUGAAGCCUUUUCUUCAUUCUUUGAGUGCCUUCUGAUUUUCUAAAUUACAUUUAUUUUAAAAUAUUCUUUUUAAGGAUUUAAAUGGGUUAUUACUCUAUGAACUGUGUUCAUGGUUUACUUGGUGCUCUCUACGUGAGCCUUGAUACCCAUCUAUCAGGAAGUAAUCCUUCCAACUCCACAUCAACGUAAACCCAGAGACCUUUUUACUUAUUUAUUUGAAACACUGUGCUGCUCAUCUUGAACCUUUUGAAAUGUACCUGAACAUAAAGCUGUUUUUUUUUUUUUUUUUUCUUUUCCCAGUGUGAUUUUUGUUGUUACGUUCAGUUCUUACUAUAUGGUUACAUUGCAUUUUAACCUUUUACAAUGUUACAUACAGUAAGUAUCCCCCUUCCUUCCCUCCCCCCACACACACACACUUUUUUCCUUUAAUGCUUUGGUACUUGGUGAGUAAUUUUAUAAAACAAGUACUUGUCAGUGUGUGAGGUGGUACACUCAGGAUGUUGAAUACUGUGACGGGUGUGAGGAGCUUUCAGACAUUCAUCAUAGUCAAAAUGUCAACCAGCUUACAUAUUUAUGUGAAACCAAAUUUAGGAACACCUGCAGUCCUUUAGUAGUUACUGCAGACUGUCAUUAAAUACUGUACUGAUGCUUCAAUACAUUUGUCUUUAUUGGCCUCUUGUUACAGCAGCUCUGCGUCGAGUUUAACAUACUGUUUGUACAGCAUCAUGCCAUCUGAUCAUUUUUCUACUUCAGAGCCUUUUUUUUACUCAACUUCUCAUUCAUGGCAUGUUACAUCUAAUUGUGAAACAGUCUCCUCAAUAAAUCUAUCACUUGGUUUAAAAUUG